AUGGCACCUAGGGGAGGUGGAGCACGUAGAUAUGCUGAAAACAGGAAUGCAAACACACUGAGAUCUCCUGAGAUGUUGAGUCCCACAUCUAAUCAGUCCCCGUUAUCACCUGAACCUCCAGUUAUAGAAACACCACAUUCGGAUGCAGCUAUAAACAGAUCCUUACCAUCUUCAUCUUCUGAUCUUGGUACACCUGGAGAUGAAAUCCAAACAACAAGUUCGUCAAACACAGUUGGUGGUAACCGUUUAUCGGGUAGUCUGGUCCUGCCUCGUCACUACUUCGCCGAGAUCACGGAGCGGAAGCAGCUUUGGACAGCAAGUAGUUUGAUUGGGAGCUGGAAUUCAGUCCGAGAGAUUUCGAGUCUGGACCCGGCUAAUCAGGUCGCUCGGUUUAUCACAAAAAUCUUCAAGGAGAAACUGGAUCAUGAAGGACAUAAUUGGAAGUCUGUUACACCAGAGACAAAAGAUUUCUAUUGGGAAGAGUUUAAGAAAAUACUGAAACGAUUUCAAUGGGACACUGCAAUUGAAGGUGCCAUAAAGGAUAAGUUUAUGAGCAAAUGUGCAGAACCAUACAAGGGUAUGUUAUCUGAAGCAAGAGCUUGUGAGAAGAAGCGCAAACUUAUUCCAGUAUCUAUUUGGGAGAGCUGGAAGCCUCACUGGGAGACUGAGGCUUUUAAAGCCAAGUCUGUGCAAUGCUCAAGGAAUCGACUAAGUGAAAAAGGUGGUGAAGGGUCUGGUCCCUCAUGCCAUACAGGAGGCUCCAGAGCUCACCGAGAACAUGCAAGACUACUGGCUAAAGAACUAGGAAGACCAGCUCAUCCACAUGAGCUUCUAAAGAAGACACAUGUCAAGGCGAACAAGGAGUUUGUGGACCAGAAAUCUAAGAGCACAUACGAUGCCAUAAUGUCUAAAAUUGCAUCUGCGUCUCAGCCUGAAGAUGGGUCCAGUGAGCCUCCUGAAGUUGAUUACUUACAAAUUUAUUUGGAGGAAGUCGGUGUUAAGAAGACACGCAUUUAUGGUCUUGGUUCUCAAGCUCCUUUCUAUGGGCAUGUUGGUGCAUCCUCUAGUUCGAUAUCUCCACUUCAAGAUAUAGACAUUAAUGCUCGGGUGAAUGAAUGUGUCGGGCAUCUAUUGCAAGAAAUUAAGGAAGAGAUAAAGCAUGAGAUGAGAUCAGAUAUCAGAGAAGAGAUUAGACAAGAAAUGAGAGAAGAAAUGCGAGAAGAACUGCGUGAAGAAAUGAGACACGAAAUGCAACAAGAGGUGCGUGAGCAAGUUGAUCAACUACUCCAAAAUCGUCUGUCGGUCCUCAUAGGUGGCUUACCUAAACCGCCUUCUCGUAGACAUGACUCGUCGUCAAAUGACACGAUUUAG